AUGGCAGGAGCUGUCUCACAAUCGCACUUGUGGCACAGUCGCUUGGGCCACAUGAGCGAGAAAGGAAUGAAGGUACUAAAGUCGAGAGGACUUUUGCCCGAGUUGGAGUCAGUGGACGUGGGUCUCUGCGAGCAAUGCGUGCUUGGAAAGCAGAAGCGAGUGAGCUUCAUAACCACUGGGAGAGCUCCAAAGACAGAAAAACUGGAGCUCGUGCACACUGACUUAUGGGGGCCAGCACCGGUGACAUCUCUUGGAGGAUCGAUGUACUACAUGACGUUCGUCGAUGACUGCACAAGAAAGGUAUGGGUGUACUUUCUCAAAAGAAAAUCCGAAGCCUUUGAUACUUUCAGGAGAUGGAGAGCACUCGUGGAGAAAGAGACAGGUCUGGAAGUGAAAUGUCUCAGAUCCGACAACGGUGGUGAGUACAACAGUGAAGCCAUCAAGGAAUACUGCGCUGAUCAUGGGAUCCGAAUGCAGAAGACGGUCCCAGGGACACCUCAGCAAAAUGGCAUUGCGGAUAGGAUGAAUAGGACGCUGAAUGAGCACGAUGACAAGACCAUGCAGGAGUAUGUUGGUCUGGAUAUUUCAAAUACCAGAAUCAUGAGACCAGCAGAUUCAGUGGGAGCUCAGAUAGAUGAGAUCGAGCGUACAGAAGAAGAGGUAGAACAAGAAUCGGAUGAACCGAUUGCUGAGAGCAGCACGCCUCUGGCACUGGGCCGAGAACCGAGGAUGAGAAGGGCCCCGGAUAGCGAUAGCCAGAGUGCAAUUCAUCUGGCAAAGAAUCCCGCGUUUCACUCGCGAACGAAGCACAUCGAGGUUAAGUAUCAUUUCAUCCGGCAACUUCUAGAGAAGAAGAUGUUGCAGCUGAAAAAGAUUCGGGGAGAUAGGAAUCCUGCAGGCAUGUUGACCAAGGCGGAGGAAAAGAGAUGA